GCUAGGAGCAGAAGCCUAGAACUGGAGGCAGAGGGGGGGAGGCUGGCUGCCUGUCCACUGAGCUUCUCCCCAGCAACUUACACCCUGAGUGGAGCGAAGGAGAGAGGGGAAGGUUAGGGGCCCAACGCCUGGAGUGGCCAGCUGGCCCCGCUCCCUAACCAUUAGCCCCCAUCCUCCGGGGCGAUGAAAUGGAGAAGCUGGUGGCCGGGCUGGCUGGGCUCCACUGGAGCUCUGGUGCGUUUCCCUUGGACCUCAUCGUCAGUCGCUGCCGCCUGCCUACUCUUGCUUGCCUUGGGCCAGGGGAGUAUGUGGACGGGGUGAGAGAACAGGACAUCCUGCUCAUCCAUUCGUGCCGCCAGUGGACAACAGUCACCGCACAUAGCCUGGAGGAAGGACACUAUGUCAUUGGGCCCAAGAUUGACAUCCCUCUGCAGUACCCAGGGAAGUUCAAGCUCUUGGAACAGGCCCGGGAUGUGCGGGAGCCGGUGCAGUAUUUCAGCAGCGUGGAAGAGGUGGCCAGCGUCUUUCCCGACCGCAUCUUUGUCAUGGAGGCCAUCACCUUUAGUGUCAAGGUGGUGUCCGGGGAGUUCAGUGAGGACAGCGAAGUGUACAAUUUCACCCUGCACGCAGGAGACGAGCUCACCCUCAUGGGCCAGGCGGAGAUCCUGUGCGCCAAGGCGGCCAAAGAGCGCUCCCGCUUCACCACCAUGCUGCGCAAGCUGGGCCGCACGGGGGUCCUGGCGGGCGGCGGCAGCAGCUUGGGGGUCGGUGGGGGCGGCAUGGGGGUCGGCGGGGCAGCCGGCAGCGGGGGCUCCAAACCCGUCAAGGGCAAGAUGCCCUGUCUGAUCUGCAUGAACCACCGCACCAACGAGAGCCUGAGCUUGCCCUUCCAGUGCCGUGGGCGCUUCAGCACGCGGAGCCCCCUGGAGCUGCAGAUGCAGGAGGGCGAGCACACAGUGCGGGCCAUCAUCGAGCGGGUGCGGCUGCCGGUCAACGUGCUGGUGCCCAGCCGGCCCCCCCGCAACCCCUACGACCUGCACCCGGUGCGCGAGGGCCACUGCUACAAGCUGGUCAGCAUCAUUUCCAAGACGGUGGUCCUGGGCCUGGCCCUGCGCCGGGAGGGGCCGGCCCCCCUUCACUUCCUGCUCCUGGCGGACAUGCCCCGCUUCACCCUGCCCCAGGGGCUCCUCUCCGGAGACCCCCAGGUGGAGCAGCUGGUGCGGGACAGCGCCUCUUACUGCCGCGAGCGCUUCGACCCCGACGAGUACUCCAAGGCCGUGAGGGAGGCCCCGGGUGACCUGGAGGAGGAGUGUGGCAGCCCCCGCAGGACCCGGCUCUGCCUGCGGGGGCCCAAGCCGGAGGCUUGGGUCCAGGCCUUGCCCCAGCUCUCCCUCUGCCUGUUUCCCGCCGCGGGGGACGGGGAGCGCGAGUACACCAGCCCUGACUGGACCGGCCCCCCGGAGCUGCCCCCACCGGCCGAGAUCCCCUACGAGGAGCUGUGGACCCACCAGGUGACCGAGACCGUGGCCGAAGGCCGAGUCAGGCAGCUCCCCGCGCUGGGCCAACCUGACCUCAUCUCCUUUGCGGGGGCCGGCUCCCCGCUGCGGGGGGGCUCCCCUCGCCUGGAGUUUGAGGCCCUCCCACCCCCGGUACCCCCCAAGUCAGAGGCGGUAAAGGAGGAAUGUCGUCUGCUCAACGCCCCACCUGUGCCCCCCCGAGGCAGCCGACCCCUGGGGAGCCCUCCAGUCCCCCCUCGCUUUCCCAAGCUGCAGCCCAUCCACUCCCCCAGCCCCAGCCUCUCUUACUACUCCUCAGGCCUCCAUGACGGGUCGGGCUCCAGAAGCGGCAGCUGUUCCCCAUCCCCAGAUGCCUACUCCCUGUACUGCUACCCCUGCACCUGGGGAGACUGCAAGGUCGGGGACUCUCCCAGCCGCCCACUGACCGGGGGCCCGCCCUCCACCAGCCAGCCUGGCCAGGCCCCCUGGACCUUCGCCGAGCCGGAAAGUGGCCGCUGCACUCCGCUGCUGGGAGGCGAGACCCCAGUCAAGACGUACCACAGCUGUCCACCUCAGUUCAAGCCCGCCCAGCCCCAGAAACGCUUCGCCCCUUUUGGGGCCCUCAAUCCUUUUGCUGGUCCUACCUUCUCCUCCCCGGGUCCGGCCCCGGCCGGCCCCGCCUACUCCUCCGGCCCCACCUCAUCAGGCUCCGAGUGGGCAGACCCAUCCUUGGAGGUCUUCGACCCCUUUGAGGUGGGGCGGUGUAGCCCCCCGGAGCCCGAGCAGAGGUACCAGGAGCCGAGGGGGAUCGGCGGGGGGGCUGGGCCCCUCCUUCCACCGCUCCGACCCACCAAGGUCUUCGAGCCGGAGGGCCCGCUGCUGCGUCGGGGCCCGGCCCCUUUGACCCCCGCUCUCCUGCAGGGAGCGGAGGGGCCCGUCCCUCGGCUCUUUCUCACCCAGGGGCUUGUGGAGGUGCCGCCCGCUGACACCCCGGGACCCCAAGGGGAGGCGGCAUCAGGCCGGACCGGCAGAGACCCCUCCGUGUGGCAGCCUCCGGCCGACCUUUCGGCGUUAUCCUUGGAGGAGGUGUCCCGCAGCCUGCGUUUCAUCGGCCUCUCGGAGGACGUGGUCAGCUUCUUUGCCCGUGAGCGCAUCGACGGCAGCAUCUUCGUGCAGCUCAGUGAGGACAUCCUGGCCGAUGACUUCCGCCUCACCAAGCUGCAGGUCAAGAAGAUCAUGCAAUUCAUCAAGGGCUGGCGACCCAAGAUCUGAGGGCUGGGGCUGGGGAGCGGGGACAGGGGUAGCAGUGGCCUCACGGAGCGCAGGGCAGGUUGCCCACAAAGAAGCCAGGCUCCCCGGGACCCACCCAGGAAACAGCUCUCACAGGCUCCUGGGGAUGCCAGGGAGUCAACCCUCUGACCAACUACCUCCAUGGGGAUUUCCACGACGGAGUGGAGAGCUGCUGGGGAGCUGGAAGCCCUCAGUCCCUCCUCAGACUGAGAUGCAGCAGGUUCCUGGAUGCAGCUCUCCUUUGACCAAUUAGGUUCUGGACAAGGGGAAGCUGUCUAAGAAUCACUGCUGGGACUGCGGGGUGGGGGGAGCCAGAUCACGAACCCAGCAGGCAGAGCCUCUCACGGGUGACAGACUACUCGCCUGCCUUCUUUCAGUGAACUGUGGGGAUCAGAAGUAGG